AUGAACAGGUUGUUUCAGCCUCACUUACGAAAGUAUAUCAUUGUCUUCUUCGAUGAUAUACUGAUCUACAGCCGCAGCUUGGAUGAGCAUCUAAACCACUUGGAAAUCGCGUUUCAGGUAUUGAAGAGUGGCAAGUUUACUCUUAAAUUCACCAAGUGUUCAUUUGCGCAGAAACAAAUAGACUACUUGGGUCACGUCAUGUCCAGCGAUGGCGUUCAACCCGUGCCUGAGAAGAUACAAGCUAUUCAAACAUGGCCUCAACCACGGACAACGCGAGCUUUGCGUGGCUUCCUGGGGUUAGUAGGAUUCUAUUGCAGGUUUAUAAAGGGGUACGCGACGAUAGCUAGCCCACUCUCUCAACUAUUAACCAAGGCAGAGCUGGUAUGGUCACCGGAAGCAGAAAGCGCAUUUCAGAGGCUCAAGAAUGCAGUCACGACGACGCCGGUGCUUGCUCUCCCAGACUUCACUAAGCCCUUUACGGUGGAAACUGCUGAGGUCAAUCUAAACCCUCAUCAAAAUCAGAGAAUAAACCCACAUCAAUACGUGAAACCCUGA